AUGUUAUCUCGUACUGCUUUGCGUUCGGCUAUCAGAGCGAUUGCCGCUGCACAAUUGAACAGGGGCGUCCAGAGAGUUGCUAGACCAGCUUUAAAGAUUGCUGGUAGGAGGUUUGCAUCUGCAAAGGCUCAGCCCACUGAGGUUUCUUCUAUUUUGGAGGAGCGUAUUAGGGGUGUUUCUGAUGAGGCUAAUCUAAAUGAAACCGGUAGGGUGUUGUCUGUUGGGGAUGGUAUUGCCAGAGUUUUUGGGUUGAACAAUGUUCAGGCGGAAGAGUUGGUUGAGUUUUCCUCUGGUGUCAAAGGUAUGGCUUUGAACUUGGAACCGGGUCAGGUCGGUAUUGUGUUGUUUGGUUCUGACAGAUUGAUUAAAGAGGGUGAGGUUGUCAAAAGAACAGGCAGAAUUGUCGAUGUGCCAGUUGGGCCAGGUAUGUUGGGGCGUGUUGUUGAUGCUUUAGGUAAUCCUAUUGAUGGUAAAGGAGCCAUCAAGGCUGCAAAGAGAUCCAGAGCUCAAGUCAAGGCACCUGGUAUUUUGCCAAGAAGAUCUGUUUUUGAGCCUAUGCAGACCGGUUUGAAGGCCGUUGAUGCUCUAGUGCCAAUUGGCAGAGGCCAAAGAGAGUUGAUUAUUGGUGACAGACAAACCGGUAAGACGGCUGUUGCCUUGGAUACAAUUCUAAACCAGAAGAGAUGGAAUGACGCUAACGACGAGUCCAAAAAGUUGUACUGUGUUUACGUAGCUGUCGGUCAAAAGAGAUCUACUGUUGCUCAAUUGGUGCAGACCUUGGAGCAACACGAUGCUUUGAAAUACUCUGUCAUUGUGGCUGCUACCGCAUCCGAAGCUGCUCCAUUGCAAUACAUUGCUCCAUUUACUGCCGCUGCCAUUGGUGAAUGGUUUAGAGACAACAGCAAACACGCCUUGAUUAUCUACGAUGACUUGUCUAAGCAAGCUGUGGCUUACCGUCAAUUAUCUUUGUUGUUGAGACGUCCUCCAGGUCGUGAGGCUUACCCAGGUGAUGUCUUUUACUUACAUUCCAGAUUAUUGGAAAGAGCUGCCAAGAUGUCCGAGAAGAACGGUGGUGGUUCUUUGACCGCUUUGCCAGUUAUUGAAACUCAAGGUGGUGAUGUUUCCGCUUAUAUUCCAACCAACGUCAUUUCCAUCACUGAUGGUCAAAUCUUCUUGGAAGCUGAAUUGUUCUACAAGGGUAUUAGACCAGCCAUCAAUGUCGGUUUGUCUGUCUCUCGUGUCGGUUCUGCCGCUCAAGUUAAGGCUUUGAAGCAAGUUGCUGGUUCCUUAAAAUUGUUCUUGGCUCAAUACAGAGAAGUUGCUGCUUUCGCACAAUUUGGUUCCGAUUUGGAUGCUUCCACCAAGCAAACUUUGGCUAGAGGUGAAAGAUUGACCCAAUUGUUGAAGCAAAGCCAAUAUUCUCCAUUAUCUGCUGAAGAGCAAGUCCCUUUGAUCUAUGCUGGUGUUAACGGUUAUUUAGACAAUGUAGAGUUGUCCAGAAUUGCUGAAUUUGAAACGGAAUUCUUGGCCUACUUGAAGUCUAGUCACGAUGAAAUCAUCUCUGCCAUAAGAGAAAAGGGUGAGUUGUCUAAGGAUUUGUUGUCUACCUUGAAGUCUGCUACUGAGUCCUUUGUUGCUACCUUCUGA